AUGACUGACUCACACGCUAAAAUAGAAGAUAACCCGAAGAUAUUGUCCGGCCCAGUGCUGGUCAACUCACCAAAUGCGGUUUUGUCGAAAACCCUGUUGGGAAGGUACAAUGACCUCCCUAUUCCUGCGGACAAAAUUUUGGCAACAUACAUCUGGAUCGAUGGAACUGGAGAACAUCUUCGUUGCAAAGAUCGUACCCUGAGCUUCAUUCCAAAGCAACCCAAGGAUCUUCCGAUUUGGAACUUCGAUGGCAGCUCCACGGGACAGUCGGACGGGCACAACUCUGAUACAUUCCUGUAUCCCCGUGCCAUUUACCGGGACCCAUUCAGGCGUGGCAACCACAUCCUCGUCAUGUGCGACACGUACAAAUACAACAUGGAGCCCACAGAGACUAACCAUCGCAUUAAGUGCCAAGAGGCAUAUGAUAAGUGCAAGGAUGAUGAGCCGUGGUUUGGAAUUGAGCAGGAGUACAUCUUGCUUGACUCGGACCUAAGGCCCUUCGGAUGGCCCCCAGGUGGCUUCCCCCCACCACAAGGCCCAUACUACUGCGGUGUUGGUGCCAACAAGGUGUUCGCCAGGGAUCUUGUCGAGGCACAUUACAGAUGUUGUUUAUUUGCUGGCGUUCCCAUUUCGGGCACCAACGCUGAGGUCAUGCCCUCGCAGUGGGAGUUCCAAGUGGGUCCCUCUGUGGGAGUGACCGCUGGCGACGACCUGUGGGUCGCUCGCUACAUUCUGAACAGGCUCGCUGAGGAGUAUGGAGUGAUUGUCAGCUUUGACCCCAAACCAGUCCAGGACUGGAACGGAUCUGGAGCUCAUACUAACUUCUCCACCAAAAAGAUGCGCGAAGACAACGGUAUUAUUGAAAUCGAGAAGGCCAUUGACAAGCUGUCUAAAGUUCACAUGAAGCACAUCAAGGUGUACGAUCCUCGCGGAGGAAAGGACAAUGAGAGACGUUUGACGGGUCUCCACGAAACUGCCAGUAUUAAUGACUUCAGCGCCGGUGUCGCUAACCGUGGCAGCAGCAUCAGGAUACCGCGGAAUGUAGCCGAGGAUAAGAAGGGCUACUUGGAGGAUCGUCGACCGGCCUCGAACUGCGACCCGUACGCUGUGAUAGAUGCGCUGAUGCGCACCUGCAUACUCAAUGAAUAA